GGAUUUCGCAUUUCCAAGCUUUUCAAUCCUUCUCACUUUUCUUCUCUUCUUCUAUUUGGUACUGAAAAUAAGGAAGAGAUCAAAAACCAUCGACAAAAAUUUUCGUUUGCCUCCAGGGCCGUCGAAAUUACCUCUCAUCGGAAACAUGCACCAGCUUUUUGGAUCUCUACCCCAUCACAGAUUAACAGACUUGGCCAGGAAAUAUGGACCACUUAUGCAUCUUCAGCUUGGAGAAGUUUCUACUGUUGUUGCUUCUUCGCCCGAAUAUGCUAAAAAAGUUAUGAAAACCAAUGAUGUUAGCUUUGCAUCAAGGCCUGAGGUUCUAGCAACAAAAAUCUUGUUCUAUGAUAAUACUGAUAUAAUCUUUUCACCAUUUGGUGAUUAUUGGAGACAACUGCGACAAAUUUGCACGUUGGAGCUUUUCAGCAUGCGACGAGUCCAAUCUUUCCGAUCAAUAAGACAGGAAGAGGUGUCUGCUCUCAUUGAUUGGAUUGCUUCAAAAGCAGGAUCACCAAUCAACCUUACAGAGAAAAUUCAAUCACUAAUAUGUAGCAAGUCCAAAGAUCAGCAAUUAUUCAUAUCAGUAAUAAAAGAAACAUCAAAAGUGUGUGCAGGUUUUAACAUUGCAGAUCUUUUUCCUUCCAUUGAAUUUCUUCAAUGGAUCACUGGAGUCAAGUCUAAGGUAGAGAAGCUGCAUGAAGAAGCUGGUAGAAUGGUUGAAAAAAUUAUUAAUACACACAAGAAGGGCCAGGCACCAUUAAACAUUGACAAGAGUGAAGAAGCUGAAGAUCUUGUUGAUGUUCUUUUGAAAGUUCAAGAGCAUGGUGAUCUUGAAUUUUCUUUGACUACUGACAACAUCAAAUCAGUGAUCUCCGACAUUUUUGGUGCCGGUGGGGAGACAGCUGCCACAUUAAUAUUGGGUCAUAUCCGAAAUGAUAAAAAAAAUACAAGAGCGCUGAAGAAGGCACAAGCUGAAGUGAGGGAAGUCUUCAAUAGAAAAGGCAAGAUCGAUGAAACAAGCAUCGAGGAAAUGAAAUUCUUGAAGCUUCUAGUAAAAGAGACUCUAAGACUACACCCUCCUGCACCUUUUUUAGUUCCAAGAGAAUGCAGAGAGAAAUGUGUGAUUAAUGGCUUCGACAUACCCAUCAAAACCGGAGUCAUUGUUAAUGCAUGGGCGAUUGGAAGAGAUCCAGAAUAUUGGAGUGAGCCCGAGAUCUUCAAUCCAGAGAGGUUCCUUAAUAGUUCUCUUGAUUUUAAGGGGACUAAUUUUGAAUACAUCCCAUUUGGUGCUGGCAGGAGAAUAUGCCCCGGAAUGAUAUUCGGUCUAGCCAAUGUUGAGCUUCCACUAGCCAUGUUCCUGUAUCAUUUUCAUUGGAAGCUUCCAAAUGGAAUGAAGAAUGAAGAUUUGGACAUGACGGAGGCCUUUGGUAUAGCAGUUGGAAGAAAACAUAACCUGCACAUUAUUCCCAUACCUUAUCUUCCUCUAGCUUCGUCAUCACUCACCAAAAAUGAUUAAAAUCUUUGGAUAAUUAAGCUUGUUGUGCUGUGAUUUGCACCAACGAGAAGUACGUAUGAUCCAUAGUAGAGUCUAUGUAGGAGUUUGUAUGAAAAC